CUCGUCGAGACCCGCCCCGCCGGGAGAUGGCCGCCCACGGCUGCCUGCUGACGACGGCCGUGCUGCUGGCGGCGGCCGCGGCGCUGGCCGACGCCCGCCACCACAGGAACUUCUGUCCGGUCACCGUGCAGCGUCAGGUCACGUGUCGCGUGAAGAACGGCACCGAGGAGUACGACGGCACGGACUACUCGAAAUGCUAUCGUACUGGCAACUGGAAUGACUGUCGGCACACUGUGAGGCGGCGCCGGCCGAAGUACGUCACCUCAUUCAAGAUGGUGAAUCGGGUCCAGUACCGCUGCUGGUCCGGGCUUUGA